UCCUGAGACCGGAAGCCGGAAGCCGGAAGUGGGGCUGUGAGGACGUGUUCGAAGAAGCCAGAGCCGCAUCAGUGGCCUGCGGGGCCGGCGACAUGGACCCCCUGUACCAGCAAACGCACAAGCAGGUCCAUGAGAUCCAGUCUCGCAUGGGACGCCUGGAGACGGCAGACAAGCAGUCUGUGCACUUAGUAGAAAACGAAAUCCAAGCAAGCAUAGACCAGAUAUUCAGCUGUCUAGAACGCCUGGAGAUUUUGUCCAGCAAGGAGCCCCCUAACAAAAGGCAGAAUGCCAAACUUCGGGUUGACCAGUUAAAGUAUGAUGUCCAGCACCUGCAGACUGCUCUCAGAAACUUCCAGCAUCGGCGCCAUGCAAGGGAACAGCAAGAGAGGCAGCGAGAAGAGCUUCUGUCUCGAACCUUCACCACUAACGACUCUGACACCACCAUACCAAUGGACGAAUCACUGCAGUUUAACUCCUCCCUCCAGAAAAUUCACCACGGCGUGGAUGACCUCAUUUUAGAUGGGCACAAUAUUUUAGAUGGACUGAGGAACCAGAGACUGACCUUGAAGGGCACUCAGAAGAAGAUCCUCGACAUUGCCAACAUGCUGGGCUUGUCCAACACGGUGAUGAGGCUCAUCGAGAAGCGGGCUUUCCAGGACAAGUACUUCAUGAUCGGCGGGAUGCUGGUGACCCUUACAGUCAUGUUCCUCGUGGUGCACUACCUGACAUGAGCCAGCCACACUCAACGGCUGAACAGCGUUCCUACAGCGUACGAGUGUGUGUGAGUGUGUGCGCGUGAAAACGGGGGUGGGGGGCCCAGAGGCUGCCUUUUGAGACGUGUGCCUGUCUUAACUGUGAAGACACUCAGGAGUGAUUGUGAUAUAGUUGCCAACCUGCUUUGUUUUCUGUGACGUCUUGGAGGGGGAGCUAGUGCCACCAGGAUGUGCAGUGCUUAGGGAAUGGAAGAAGUCCCAGUUCCGUCUCACUCUCACUCUUACUGGGGGAGGGAAAGAAUGGCUUGGGUGACUUUGUUCACACAGCUGAUGUGCGCCCUGGGAACGUGUCCACAGUGAGGCCUGCGUGCAGUACCGCCCACACAGUUCAAACCUUGUCACCAUCCGGCCUUUCCAGCUCCUGGUAGGCUGGAGCAAAAGUGAAAAGGAGAGGAAAGAGGCCUCAUUUUCUCACACCCAUUAUAUUAAAUAGUAGGUCAUUCACAUCCUGGCCACCUCCCGUGCACCCCAGUGACGUGUAGAUGACUAACUGCCGUACUUGUCACCUUUCCCUGGAAGCAGCUACCUAGGGGAAACAAGAUGGCAGUGCUGUUGCCGAUAACAAGUAAGAUUUUCCACACUGCGGUUGGGAGUUUCUCCUGUCUAAAGUGAGGCCAGUGUUACUCCCUGGGAGUAUUCAGUCUUGACUCUAGUCACUGAUUUUUUCUAGUUGUUAAUAGAAUGGUUGGCUUUUAAGGUUCAGAGACUGCGCAGUGGCUUAGCACCUGUGAUCAGGCUUUGGGGGGCCUUUGCCCCUCAGAAAGGAGCUGUGAGCAAAGAUUUGUGAUUUGCCAAUUCCAGUCUCAGCCCUAGUUUCAGCAUCUCUAAUUCUUUGGUUUUCUUCUCUUCCCUGAAAUAUAUUAGCACUUGCCAGCCAGACCCCCAUUUUGUGCAGCCAGUGUGGGCAGAUGCCACCUUGGAGACACCUCUAGUGCAUAUGUCCUUGUAACACUCUGUUUUCAGGGACUACCACCUUUUCCAUUCUCUGACCAGCCCUGGAUUCAGGCUGUACUAAUACCGGUGUGUUGUGGAAUUUAUUAUAAAGCCAGUGUAUCUCGAAGUCCGUCUAACAUGAUUAAUCACUGAAAGUCCCAGAAAGACCUGGUGAGUGUAUUUUCUCAUUUACCACAGGCCUUGCCAGCCCUGCCAGCCCUGGGCACAGUAGCUUCAUGACCAGAACAUGACACUCAAAAUCCUUUAGAACUGGAAACCUGCCCAGUAUUAACCCCCCUUUGGUUGUGCUGCUCCACCUGCUCUCUGUUAGUUCCUUGUCACUUGAACUGUCUUCUGUCUUAUUUCCCUUCUUGUCUGUGUUCCUCUUCACUUCCCUUGUUCCCCUCCCACCCGCUGUGCAGCCAUGUUGGUCUUUUCAGGCGAGUCUGUGGCAUUAGCCCCUCUGGUGAGUUUUCUCAAUUGUCCAGAUUGUUAACUGAGUUUCCUGGGUGCUGAUUUCACACUUUUGGUCAGAUGAGAUCUCCAUUGUUCCUAUCCCUCCGGGUCAAAUGGAGCCUAGGUUUCCAAGGAAGGAGGGAUCUGUGACUCCUAAAAAGGGCUGGGGCCCUGUCAGUGUGAAAGCAGUGGCGGGGGUGUGGACCCAGUGGUUGCAGCAUCUUUAGACCCAGAUCUAGCUUUGGGGAGGCACGAAGACGUUUCCAUUACACCCAGUACCGCUGCAGUGCCAGGGACCUGGCAUGGGGCUCUUGGUAGUCCAUAAAAUGGAUUCUGAGACUGUGACAGGCACCAAGGAUCCUGCCAGAGAGCACUCGGGAGGAAGGUCUGCAAGGAGCAGCUGAGCCAUUUGGACUUGAACUCUGGGAGGCAGAAGUCCCCGCACCCAUCAUGCAUGGACUGAUAGGACGUUUUCGUGGUGUGCACCAGUGGGUUUCCACACUUGACAGCAGUUGGCUUUGACGAACCCUCAUGCUGCACCUUCCGAGCCAGUUGUCUCUAUUUUGGAAUAAAAAUUGCAGAGGUGGUUUGUGGGUCUUUACUGCCUGGGGCUGAAUAGCAGCCAGAGUGUCUGGAGACCCAGGAGCACUGAUAAUGCGUGUUGUCACAUGACCACUUUUCCUCACACAUCUGCUUUCAGUGCCUGGUGAAAGAUAGAUCUCCGUCUAACACUGACUCCACACCACCUCAGAGUGUAGGGAACAGUCCAGGCCAGGGAAAGAGCACCCUCUAGUGGAGUCGGGGGUGACUUCUUAGGUAGAGCUGAUGCAAAGAACUUCAGUAGGCAGCCCCUGUGACCUUGUUUGGUGUGCCUAUUGUGAUUUAAAACAGGUGGGUUACCAAGAGGAGCUUGGGAUCUCUUUAUUACAUGGACGUUUACUUCAGGAGUGACCACUGUAAGAAAAGCCAAACUCCGAGACCGAGUAAGUGGGGGCGGGGGGAUGUCUUGAUUUUUUAGAAGACUUCACUGCAGUGGUCUGUCUACCCUUUGCCCUGGUGAUUUGAAUGGGUUUGAUUUGCUAAUUUGGGUUUACACCCAUUGUUUCUGAAGCACAUCAGCUAAAUAAAGUUGAGAUUUAUUUUAUUUAGAAAA